AUGUUCCAGCCUGGCAACAUGGCCAUGCUUCAAGCCCUUCAGUCGACGGGCGCUGCUCCCAAUCCGUCUCUCUUCCCGAGCAUUCCGCCCGGCAUUCCGACGCUCGCCGCUCCAUCGUCGCCCACCACCUCGAAUCUGAAUUCCGACCAGGUCAGUUAUGUUUGAUUAGUAAGUUGUCAUGAGUCCUAUCGAUAGUACCUUGGCUUCUUGGCGCCAGGGUGCGUCAUUAAGGGAGGGGUACUGGUGAGCCAUCAAAGGGUUUCGCCGCUGUGCGAGAAUGUAUGAAAAGAAAAAGAAGAAGAAGAAUGGGAUGGGCGGGAGGCAAAAAGAGUCUAAAACGAUUUGAAACGUAUCUUUUCCUCUUUCUCCUUCUCACUUCCGCCACUCAAUCCAAUCAUGCUCCUUGUCUUCUCAUAACUUUAUUGCUUUUUGUCUCCUCUUUUCUCGCCUUUUGCAACAAAGUGCAAAACCAAAUUCCGUCGCCAUCCAUUCUCUUCUUACACAAAAAUAAUUGAAACUUCUCUGUGUGAGAUGAUGGGAGCCAGAGUGAAAGUUAUAAGAGGGGUUCAGCUGUGAAUUGUUCUAUUUUCAGAUAGUCAAAACAUGCGAACAGCUGGAAGUGGACGGAGACGUUGACCGGCUCGCCAGGUUCCUCUGGACGAUCCCACCCCAACAGGCCCAGGAGGUACAGAGCAAUGAAGUCGUUCUGCGGGCGCGAGCACUCGUCUGCUUCCACAUGGGCAACUUCCGCGAGCUGUAUUCGAUUCUCGAGAACAACAAGUUCUCGCAAAAGAGUCAUCCGAAACUGCAGGAGAUGUGGCACGAGGCGCACUAUCGGGAACAAGAGAAGAACCGCGGAAAGUGAGUUUGUUUUCCUCUCAUUGUUCGCAGCUAUCAUUAAUGAGCCUUGCCUACCGUAACACGCUCUCCGGGCGCGAGUGAGAAGAAGAAAGGAGCCGGCUCCUUUCGCUUUCAAUCUUGUCGGACAAUAUUUGCGCUGGGGGAGCGGAGGGUCUUUCUCGCUUCUCCCUCGUUUCGUUGUUACACCGAUAGGACGCGAUAGGAUACCCGAUGAUUCUAAAUGAUUACGGUAGUCAGUCUCUUUCGCCUUCCUUUUGAAGUAGCGCUACGCCGAUUAGCCACAAUCAAGAAGGCAGGGGCGAGGAACGGUAAAUGCGUGCUAAUCGGGUGGGUUGCCCCCGCAACCGAAUGAACCGACGACAAAUUUGACACCGAAAAAGGAAGGAGGAGGUGGCUUUUAGAGCUGCCACCACCACCAUCGCUGCCCGUCUGUCGUGUCGCACGGAUGCGCCCUCUAAUUAGAUGAUUGGCGUUGAUUUUUGCGGCUAACGGACUGACUAAAGGGCUAAAGAGCUAAAGAACAUGACCAUAUGCGCACCGUGUUAAUCUGUCGGAUUGACUGCGAGCAGAACAAGACGGUGUUUAUAAACACAAGAGAUAAUCCCCUUUCUUCCAGGUCCCUUUGUGCCGUCGACAAGUACCGUGUCCGCAAGAAGUUCCCAAUGCCAAGAACCAUCUGGGACGGAGAGCAGAAGACGCACUGUUUCAAAGAACGGACCCGGUCACUUCUCCGCGAGUGGUACCUCAAGGACCCGUAUCCGAACCCGCCGAAGAAGAAGGAGCUGGCCAACGCGACGGGACUCACUCAGAUGCAAGUUGGCAACUGGUUCAAGAACCGAAGACAGCGAGAUCGAGCAGCGGCUGCCAAGAACAAGUGAGUGCGGGUGGCAGGAGGGCAAUUAAAAAGGGAUCAGGGCAGGAAGUUUCUCCAUUUCUCGACCUUACGUGUAAUCGGUUAAUCUGGAAAUGAGAAAAUAAUUGCCUAGAUGCAUUUCAUUCACAAUCUUCCUUCUUUUAGACAAAACAUCAUCGGUGUGGAACUGAAGAAGACUGCCUCGGAUAUGUCUGACUCGGACGAGGAUUUUGAGGACUCCAUGACCGACUCGCCGAGUCCGAUUGACGAACCGAAGGAUCUGAGCAAGAAUCCGAUGCCGAAGAUGCCGCCGACAAUGCUGCCGAAGAUGGCGUCUCCUUUCGACAUGUUUGCCGCUGUCAACCCAAUGAAUACAAUGAAUCCGCUGCUUCUGAUGAAUCUGAAUCCGGCACUCUACAUGCAGUUUCACAACUUCUUCAGCGCCGUGAAACAUUGUCAAGAAGAAGAGGAGAAUGUGGAGACCAAUGUGGAAGCGGAGGCCGAGACUGAAGUGGGUCAGAAGAAGCGAUCAAAGCUGAGCAUUGAUGAGAUUCUCAACAUCAAAUCCGAAGUGUCUCCGUCACAAUGCUCGCCGUGCUCUAAUGAAUCGUUGUCGCCGAAGCAAGUGAAGUUGGAAGAAGCGACCGUCAUUCGGGUGAAAAAGGAGGAAGAUGAGGCGGAAGAGGAUGCUCGCAGUGAGAAGAGUUCGAAGCCGCCCAGUCCGAAGUUGGAACCGUCUGAGGAUCCGAAAGAUUCGACCAAUUGCUCACCCAAAUCGACUACGUCUCAGUCAGAAUGA